AUCCGUUACCUUAUUUUCUCUCUCUCUAAAAUAAGGAGCGCAAGUUCACUUGCAUAACUGAGUCAGUGUGUGUUAAAGCUCUGAAUUUUGAAUGCAGAGGCAAAGGAACACUUCAAGGUCAAAGCUGUUUCUUUUUCUUUUUGGGUUAACAAUGGCGAUUUCCGGUGAUCUUAGAGUUUAUGCUACUGUUCCUCUCUAUCACUCUCGUUCACAACCACUAAUCUCCUCUUUCCCUCCUCCAAAGGGUCUUCUCCCAUCUGCAAAAUUGAAUCCCCCUUACCUGCUCCAUUUCAUUCCCAUUUCUGCACUUGAUCCUGUAAUCUUGCAGCCUGUUAGGGACGUGUAUUAUGGGGUGCCCAAAGUCCGCAUCAAGUAGUCUGGGAUGUUUGAUAUUAUAUUUAAGGAGACUGAUUCCUUCCCCUUAAUACUAGCUUUUAAGGUGGAUUUCAGUGGUUACUCAAAUGGAGCGUCUAGCAUCUCUGAAUUCACCCCAAGAUGUCCCAGCCUGACAAUUGUACGUCGCAGCAAUAUGCGUGGCUUCUGCAAGCCAGUUUCUGGAGUCCUUGAAGGUCCCAAGUUUUCAUCAAAAUCUGUUAGUCGUGAAGCUGAGAACUUCUUCCUUGAUGCUGUUAACAUGAGUUUCUUUGAGCGAUUAAAUUUAGCUUGGAAGAUAGUUUUUCCAUCAGCAGUAUCUAGAAAAAGUUCAAAUGCUAGAAUUGCCAAGCAACGCUUGAAGAUGAUCUUGUUCUCUGAUCGAUGUGAAGUAAGUGACGAGGCAAAGCGAAAAAUUGUUAACAACAUUGUGCGUGCUCUAUCAGAUUUUGUGGAAAUAGAGUCACAGGACAAAGUUCAGCUGAGUGUCUCUUCUGACACAGAUAUUGGAACUAUUUAUUCUGUCACUGUUCCUGUGUGUUAAGCUUAGAUUUGAUUUCUUUGUUCCGGAUGAAAGGUCUUGAGGGUUGAUUUCUUUGUCAAGAGCUUAUGGCUUUGAAUCCUCUAGCAGCGAAACCACUUCGAAGUUCUGUAUAUAUUUAUUUGAUUGUUGACAAUUGCUGUAGCGUGUCUGAAGCAUUUGUUGAGAAAUUUUGUGCCUCCUCUGUUACUGUUAGUUUAUCUUGAUUAUUUUGUUGUAGUUAAUGUUAUGUUUUCUGUACUUAACAUAGAUAAUAGGGUUUUCUUACUUGAGUGUAUGAAUUAUUAUCUUUUCAUUAAGGAUGCUUGUUCUUA